AUGGUGAAGAAAUGUCUUGUUCAGCAGUAUCUCUGGAAGUCAUUGAAAACACCAAUUUCUAAAGGCAAGCAGAUUGUACCUUUGUUCAACCGCAGUGCAAUGCCUGUGAAGAUGAGCCCAAGAGGCGCAUCCCCUUUGUUACAAGUUUGUGAUUUUUCCGCGCCACCUUGUGGCCAUAGUACAGCCACCGUGACACUUAGGGUUUCCCCUAAGCUGCUCGGGCCUUUCGGUAGCCGCAUCGCUGGAACCGGCCUCGGCACGAACUUGCCGAAAAUGACUUUGAUUAAUUACUAUUGUCAAGAGAGGUAUUUCCAUCACGUGUUGCUUGUUGCCAGUGAAGGAAUUAAGAAGUAUGGUAAUGACCCCGUCUUCAGAUUUUAUCAUGCCUAUGGUACAUUAAUGGAAGGUAAAACUCAAGAAGCUCUUCGAGAAUUUGAGACUCUUAAAAAUAAACCAGAUGUAUCACUUUGUUCUCUGCUUGCACUGAUAUACGCCCAUAAAAUGAGUCCUAAUCCAGAUAGAGAAGCUAUUCUGGAAUCAGAUGCCAAAGUGAAGGAGCUGCGUAAAGGAGCAGAACCGAGAGCUUUGUACCACGCAGGCUUAUUUUUAUGGCACCUUGGUCGUCACGAGAAAGCGAGAGAGUACAUUGACAGAAUGAUCAAAAUGUCAGAUGGUAGUAAAGAGGGACAGAUCUUGAGAGCAUGGCUUGAUAUUACAAGAGGAAAAGAACCUUAUACUAAAAGAGCACUAAGAUCUUUUGAAGAGGGAUUACAAAAUGGAAAUGAUAUUUUUGCUCUGCUGGGUAAGGUACAAUGCCUUGAGAUGCGCCAGAAUUAUUUAGGUGCUUUGGAGACUGUAAACCAAAUAAUUGUGAACUUUCCAAGUUUCCUCCCUGCUUUAGUACAGAAAAUGAAACUACAACUGGCCUUGCAAGAUUGGGACCAGGCGAUUGAGAUUGUGCAGAGGUUAAUGCUUCAAGACAAACAAAAUGUAGAAGCACUAAGAAUGCUGGCUCUUUACUAUUUGUGUAGGGAAGGGGAUAUAGAGAAGGCUGCAACCACACUGGAAAACUUGGAAAAUGCAUUGGAUGCUAUGGAACCACAGAAUGCUCAACUUUUUUAUAAGAUUACCAUUGCCUUCAGCAGAACUUGUGGACGUAAUCAACUCAUUCUUGAAAAAGUUCAAACAUUACUAGAAAGAGCUUUCAGCUUAACCCCUCAGCAAUCAGAAUAUGCUACAGAACUUGGAUACCUAAUGCUUUUACAAGAAAAAGUUAAGGAAGCAUGGAAGUGGUAUCAGAUUGCCAUAAAUCUUGAAGAAACUAGUAUCACUGCAGUGAUUGGAUGUAUCCGAUGUCAAUUAAUAGAAGGGCAAUUACAGGAAGCAGAUCAGCAGCUAGAAUUCCUUAGUGAAAUUCAGCAGUCUUUUGGAAAAUAUGCGGAAUUAACUUAUUUACAAGCAAUUCUUGCUAUAAAGAAAAAUAAACGACAAGAAGAAGUUAUUAACUUGUUAAAUGAUGCCUUGGACACUCAUUUUUCACAAUUACAAGAUUUACCUUUUGGCAUACAGUAUUUUGAGAAGUUAAAUUCUGAUUUCUUGCUAGAAAUCAUUACAGAAUAUCUGAAUUACUGUCCAUUGCAACCUGCAAGUCCUGGCCAACCUCUUUCUCCACUUCUUAAACGAUGCACCUCAGUCCUGGAGGCUAUAGUAAGGACUGUGCCAGGUCUCCUGCAAGCUGUCUUCCUAAUAGCAAAAGUGAAAUAUUUGUCAGAUAAGCGAAACACUGAGACUCUGGUGCUCGGAGAUAAAGAAAGGUUUAUUGGCCAGAGUGAGAGGACAGGAGAAAACAUCGAUGCUUACCUCCUGAUGGCUCAAGUUUAUUUGUCUCAGGAUAAAUUUAAAUUAUGUUCUCAGUCUCUUGAACUUUGUCUGAGCUAUAACUUUAAGGUGAGAGAAUAUCCUUUAUAUCAUUUGAUAAAAGCUCAGUCACAAAAGAAAAUGGGAGAAAUAGGAGAGGCCAUUAAAACUCUACAUAUGGCAAUGAGUUUACCAGGAGUGAGGACAAUUGAAGCCUCCUCAAAAUCAAAAUACAAAAACACUGAAGUUGAUGCAAGCCAUCGUUUAUCAAUAUUUCUUGAGUUGGUAGAGGUUUACUGCUUAAAUGGAGAACAGCAUGAGGCAGCAAAAGUGUUACAAGAUGCUAUCCAUGAAUUUUCUGGGACAUAUGAAGAAUUGCGUGUUACCAUUGCUAAUGCAGACCUAGCUCUGGCCCAAGGAGAUGUUGAGCGGGCUUUAAGCAUGCUUCAAAAUGUUACAUCCGAACAGCCUUAUUUCAUAGAGGUCAAAGAAAAAAUGGCAGAUAUAUACCUGAAGCAUAGAAAAGAGAAAAUGUUAUAUAUCACUUGCUAUAGAGAAAUUGCUGAAAUAAUGCCCAGCCCUCAUUCUUUCCUUCUCCUUGGAGAUGCAUACAUGAAUAUUCAAGAGCCUGAAGAAGCCAUAGUAGCAUAUGAGCAAGCAUUAAAUCAAAACCCAAAAGAUGGAACACUGGCAAGCAAAGUUGGGAAAGCACUUGUGAAAACUCAUAACUAUUCAAAGGCAAUCACUUACUAUGAAGCUGCACUGAAAAAUGGACAAAAUUAUCUUUGCUAUGACCUGGCAGAGCUUUUAUUAAAAUUGAAGUGGUAUGACAAAGCAGAAAAAGUCCUUCAACAUGCUCUAGCUCAUGAACUUGUAAAUGAAUUGUCAGCUGUCAUGGAAGAUGGACGUUUGCAAGUUCUUCUAGCAAAAGUUUACAGUAAAAUGGAAAGACCUGGUGAUGCAAUCACUUCAUUACAACAGGCUAGAGAAUUACAAGCUCGGGUACUAAAACGUGUUCAGAUGGAACAACCAGAUGCAGUUCCUGCACAGAAACAUUUAGCAGCUGAAAUUUGUGCAGAGAUUGCAAAACAUUCUGUUGCUCAGCGAGAUUAUGAAAAAGCAAUUAAGUUUUAUAGAGAAGCGCUUGUUCAUUGUGAAACAGAUAAUAAGAUAAUGUUGGAGCUGGCACGAUUAUACCUGGCACACGAUGACCCUGAGGCCUGCCUGCGGCACUGUGCCCUACUUCUCCAGAGUGACCAGGACAAUGAGGCUGCCACCAUGAUGAUGGCAGAUCUCAUGUUCAGGAAGCAGGACUAUGAACAAGCAGUGUUUCAUUUACAACAGCUUUUAGAACGCAAGCCAGAUAAUUAUAUGACAUUAUCUCGCUUAAUUGAUUUCCUAAGAAGAUGUGGAAAACUUGAGGAUGUUCCAAGAUUUUUCUUAAUGGCUGAGAAACGUAACUCCAGAGCAAAAUUGGAGCCAGGAUAUCAGUACUGUAAAGGACUGUAUCUUUGGUAUACUGGAGAACCAAAUGAUGCCCUUCGACAUUUUAAUAAAGCUCGGAAAGAUAGUGAAUGGGGCCAAAAUGCCCUUUAUAAUAUGAUAGAAAUCUGUUUGAAUCCAGACAAUGAAACUGUCGGAGGUGAAGUGUUUGAAAAUCUAGAUAGAGACCUGGGUAAUUCAACUGAGAAGCAAGAGUCUAUGCAAUUAGCAGUAAGAACGGCAGAAAAACUCCUUAAAGAACUAAAACCUCAGACUGCUGAGGGUCACGUACAGCUUCGAGUACUGGAGAACUAUUGCCUGAUGGCUACCAAGCAGAAAUCUAAUGUUGAGCAAGCAUUGAAUACCUUCACCGAAAUAGCAACAUCUGAGAAGGAUCAUAUUCCAGCACUUUUGGGAAUGGCAACAGCUUAUAUGAUCCUGAAACAGACUCCACGAGCCAGAAACCAGCUGAAGCGGAUUGCAAAAAUGAACUGGAAUCCUGUUGAUGCUGAGGAUUUUGAGAGGAGCUGGCUGCUACUUGCUGAUAUUUAUAUUCAGUCGGCCAAAUACGACAUGGCAGAAGAACUGUUAAAGCGAUGCCUGCAUCAUAAUAAGUCUUGCUGCAAAGCUUAUGAAUAUAUGGGCUACAUAAUGGAAAAAGAGCAAACGUAUACAGAUGCUGCCUUAAACUAUGAGAUGGCAUGGAAACAUGGCAAUCAGACAAAUCCAGCAAUAGGGUACAAACUGGCAUUUAAUUACUUAAAAGCGAAAAGAUAUGUGGAUGCAAUUGACAUAUGUCACCAGGUUCUUGAAGCACAUCCAACUUAUCCAAAAAUAAGGAAGGAUAUACUUGAUAAGGCUCGCACAUCUUUAAGACCUUGAAAAUUAUUUUAAUUUAGAUUGGUGGUUAAGUGGGAAACGGAUCUGCAUUCUUCCAGUUCAAAAUAGGUUUGAGCUAAUUUUUUGUAAUACAAGCAUUCUUUUCUUUCUCCAGCAGAGGCUGCUAUUGCAUAUAGAGAAAUGCUAUAGCAAAUGGGUGUUUUCUGAGGGAGAGGGUGAAUGAGUAGAUGCAGAUUUGAUGUCUUUGUGGUAAAGAUUAUAACCCAUUUAUAUAAAGAAUAUUUUAUUAACAGUUAGGUAAUUAAGUAUCCUAUGUCUUUUCUAAGGAAUAUGAGUUCUUUACUCCAGGAAAUAUAUUUAAAAUGAAACUAUUCUCCAUUAAAAUUUUUUGUAACCUUGUU